ACAGCCCGAGUCACAACAACUACCACGGCGGCGACGACAACGACGGUGGCAGUGCCUGGUGAGGGAGGCAUUGGAGAUCCUUGCGACGGAGACGAAGACUGCCGCACUAAUGAACAUAUUGUCUGCAAUCCUACCCUAUUCAAGUGUGACUGCGACUAUGGGUACAUCUUUGAUCCGUGGACCCUGACGUGCGUGAUUUGUGGAAAAAGACUGGGAGAUCAUUGUUCUGAAGAGGUUGACUGCAAUGGAAAUCUUCACCAACAGUGCGAUAAGGUUGUCAACAUUUGCAAAUGUGCACCUGAUUAUGAGCUGGAUCUCGACACUUUUCGAUGUGAAAAAAUGCCUGGUGGACGGGGUGCGGACUGCAAGAAGGACGAUGACUGCAACAGAGACGAAAACCUAAAAUGUCACCACGCAAUCCAGAAAUGCAACUGCAUGGAUGGGCUUUUCCUUCAUCCUAAAACGCUGAAGUGUGUUCAAUGAUGGACCAUUCCGAGU